AUGGCCGUAAUGUCUCCUCCAGUCAAAGACGGACAAUACUACUUCGAACACGGCGACUGCACGUUUCUUGUCGAGCAAGUUCUGUUCAAACUUCCUCGCUUUGCGUUGUGUCAGGACGCCAACUCAAUGUUUGCAGAUAUGUUCGCCGUCGCAAAGGACGACGACGACUUGGCACCCAUUCCGCUGGACGAUUCCGCAGAAGAUUUUCGUGCCCUCUGCUGGGCGAUGUUUGCUCGACCUACCGAAAUGUACAAAAUGCUCGCCAAACCGGGCGACAUUGAUGUACAGAUGUAUCUUCGUGUGCUCGACAUCGCGCAUAAAUACCAGCUCUUGGAGUACGAAGCGUGGGCGUGGAUGAUGGCGCGUCAUGCCUCCGAUGCGGUGCCCGCCCGCCUCAAGAUCGCCGCUGAAGACGAACUUGAACACACGCUUAUGCUGGCCGUUCGCUGCCAAGAUUCCGCACCCGAGCUGUUGGAGCUUGUCGAGUCUACCUGGCUUGCGCGCAUCAUAGAUGGCUCCCUCCCCCACAGUCGAGCCCUGACCGCAGGCGAACUGUAUGGGAGGAGAAAGUUCCAAGGGGAGAUAUACUGGAAUCUCCGCACUAGAUUGACUAGAGGGCCGCAAAUUGCGUCUCCAAAGCUCGGAUUCUCCGCCUUCAACCUGACCGACACGCAGCUCAAUAGGCUAUUGUUAGGACAUGCCCUGCUGUCUCACUGUAUGCGAACUGCGGCCGACAGACCCUAUCUCGUGCCACGACUAUCAGAUUGCCACGACCACAAACCCUGCCAAACGUUUUGGGACAAAAGCAUUCCCUAUCCCACCCACAUCGGCGACCGGAAUUGGAUUUACGGCGGCCAAAAUGCCUUGGAAAAGACUCUUCCGGACAGCCCAUUUUACCGCUACGAACUUGAAUGCGUUGGAUCUCAUUUGCGAUCCAUGGCCUCGGAAUCAAAUGAAAUACCUGAUGACCUUGCUAGCUACUUCUUAGGACCAGACCCAAGCAGUCCAUAG